GUUUGCUGUUGACUCUCGCUCAUCAUGUGGCUGCUGUUUGGACUUUGCCUCUCCUCUUCACUGAUGCACUCAGGUCAGAUGCUGAAUUGUUUGAGUGGUUCAGGCCCUCAGAGCCCAUCUUUAGAAGCCUGUCCUGACAACCAUUAUUGUGCGGUUUUAAGGACCAAUUUAGCUGGUAUUUCAGUUAUUCAGCGGUCUUGUGUACCAUCUGAUUCCUGCAAUUAUUUUGGCAUCACCAUAUCACUCAACGUUGGGUAUUAUAAUAUGACUAUGUCAUGCUGCAACACAGAUGGCUGCAACAAUGGCAAUCUGACUGAACAUGAUGCCGCCCCAAAUGGGUUGAAAUGCAAGUCAUGCAAAAGCCCAACCGACUAUACUUGCAACACACUCCUGUCAUGUGUGGGAAUCCAGGACUGCUGCUUAAAAGAUUCUUCACCAGACACCGGAACUGUCAAUAUGGAAGAACACAACUCGAAGGGCUGUGCUUCAAAAAAUCUUUGUGGACUCUUAGACACCACCUCCAACACCAACCCUACCCAUUACACUAAACCUACAACCAACACUCCCCUUUUCAAUAUACCUAUCCAUAACUCUAAACCUUCCUCCAACACUACCCCAAACUCUAAACCUUCCUCCAACACUACCCCAAAAAAUAAACCUUCCUCCAACACUACCCCAAACAAUAAACCUUCCUCCAAUACCAAGCCUACCCAUUACACUAAACCUACAAUCAACACCAACACUCCCCUUUUGAAUAUACCUAUCCAUUACUCUAAACCUUCCUCCAACACUACCCCAAACUCUAAACCUUCCUCCAACACUACCACAAAAAAUAAACCUUCCUCCAACACUACCCCAAACAAUAAACCUUCCUCCAAUACCAAGCCUACCCAUUACACUAAACCUACAAUCGACACCAACACUCCCCUUUUGAAUAUACCUAUCCAUUACUCUAAACCUUCCUCCAACACUACCCCAACCAAUAAACCUUCCUCAAAUACCAGGCCUACCCAUUACACUAGACCUACAACCAACACUCCCCUUUUCAAUAUACCUAUCCAUUACUCUAAACCUUCCUCCAACACUACCCCAACCAAUAAACCUUCCUCAAAUACCAGGCCUACCCAUUACACUAGACCUACAACCAACACUCCCCUUUUCAAUAUACCUAUCCGUAACUCUAAACCUUCCUCCAACACUACCCCAAACUCUAAACCUUCCUCCAAAACCACCCCAAACUCUAAACCUUCCUCCAACACUACCUCAAACAAUAAACCUUCCUCCAACACUACCCCAAACAAUAAGCCUUCCUCCAAUACCAACCCUACCCAUUACACUAAACCUACAACCAACACUCCCCUUUCUAAUAUACCUAUCCAGAACUCUAAACCUUCCUCCAACACUACCCCAAACUCUAAACCUUCCUCCAAUACCAACCCUACCCAUUACACUAAACCUACAAUCGACACCGAGAUCCCCCUUUUCAAUAUACCUAUCCAUAACUCUAUACCUUCCUCCAACACUACCUCAAACUCUAAACCAUCCUCCAAUACCAACCCUACCCAUUACACUAAACCUACAAUCGACACCGAGAUCCCCCUUUUCAAUAUACCUAUCCAUAACUCUUUACCUUCCUCCAACACUACCUCAAACUCUAAACCAUCCUCCAAUAACAACCCUACCCAUUACACUAAACCUACAAUCGACACCGAGAUUCCCCUUUUCAAUAUACCUAUCCAUAACUCUUUACCUUCCUCCAACACUACCCCAAACUCUAAACCUUCCUCCAAAACCAACCCUGUUCAUAACACUAAACCUACAACCAACACCAACACUCCCCUUUACAAAACACCUACGCAUAACUCUAAACCUUCAUCCAAUACCAAUCAUAUCUUUUAUAAUAUACCUACCGCCAACACUACCCCAAACACCAACCCUACCCAUUACACUAAACCUACAACCAACACACCCCUUUACAAUAUACCUACCCAUAACAUUAAACCUUCAUCAAACAACAAUAAUAUUUCUAACAAUAUACCUACAGCCAACACCAACACCACCCCUAACACUAAACCUUCAUCCAAGACCAACGCUACCUCUAACACGAAACUAACACCUAAACCUACUCUGCACAACACAGGUACAUCUUGGCUAAGAGACCACAACUUCAUUCUUCAUCUGAUUACUUUUAUUAGUGUCAUUUUCAUUAAACACUUUCAUUUAACAUUUGUCUUGUAAUAGGAUAAUUCCGUUGAUUUCUAGUUAAGAAUAUGUUACACUGAUGUCACAGAAAAUCGAAAUAUUUAACUAUUUAUUGUAAGAUAUUAUACGACUAAUUCACUCAAUGUGUGAACAAUGUUUCAUUUUUUAUGUUCCCCUAUUUUCAGUUUACUUUUCAAUUAUUUCUUCAUUGCCAUUUUGUGGCUGCUUUUUAUAAUAUUGCACUAUGUGAAGCUCAAUUGUGAUUUUAUUCUACAUUAAAAGUUAAAAUCCAAAAAUUAAAAGUUAGGCUGGAUGUA